AUGUCCGCCUUCAAUUCGAUGUACAUCGACGCCCAAACCAAUAACGCGUCGGACCUGACCGAGGCGCAAGCGAUCCACGACGCGGGUUUGAUCAUUCUGUACAACGUCACUGCGCUGGCCCUGCAGACGCUGUUUUACGGCAUAUACGUCGUGCUGAUCCUGUUUUCUACAUGGGUACUUUGCCAACGCGGAUUGCCGAGGGCCAACUUGAUGAUGCUCGUCACGAUCCUCGUCAUGUUCAUCUCUUCGACGAGCGGCUUCUGGGUGCACACUGUGACGGUCCUGAAGAGGAUCCGAAGCCUGCUCGUCGAACAGCCCGGUGAACCGAUCGCAGCCAAGCUUCCAUUGAUCAGGGACUCGUUGCGCGGCAUGGAGGGCGGCGCCUUCUACUGCUCUCUUAUCAACGUGAGCGUUAUAUCUGUCUGCGAGUGA